AUGGCAGAGCCCCAGAAUGAUACCAGUCCCAAGGAAGAGGGACGACAAGACACUCGCCAAUGUCGUAUCUGCCUUGCUGGAGUUGAGGAAGAACCCGAAUUAGGUCGACUCAUUAAACCGUGUCGAUGCAAGGGCUCCAUUCGAUAUGUUCAUGUAAAAUGCCUCAAUACCUGGAGAAAAACGGGAAGUUCGCUGAACAGUAACUCAUUUUGGGCAUGCGGACAGUGCGGGUUCAAGUAUAACCUAGCUCGCACGAAGAUUCUUGGACUUUCUACAUCACCAUGGGUGAUGUAUCCGACGACCGUGGUCCUAUUCUUCAUCAUCGUGUUCGCUGCAUCAUUUGUCGUAUCGUUCUUUCUACCUGAAUUGGAUGACCCAUUACUCGUGGUUCCACCACCUCAGCCGGACAUAGGUAUUACGUGGUGGCAUAGCCCGAUCGGCAUCGCAAGCGAUGUCAUCCGCGAAACUGUCCAUACUUUUGCGGAAGUUAGUACUCCCAAGGAGGUUCUAGAAGCUCAACACCAGCAGCGUUUGCGGGACAAGGGAUCCAAGAGCUCCAUAUUCACCUUCAGAAGAUGGGCCUCGCAUUACCUUUUGGGCGCGAUUACUUCGAAAAUUUAUGCUAGGUCUGCUGAUAACGUUGUCACUUUUUGGUCCGUUGCAAAUCGCUCGGGCCCGUUGGAUACGGGGUGGACGGAGGGACGGAGGGG